AAUCUUUCGGUAACAGUCUAAAAUCAACAUUACAACGAGCACAGUGUGAAAUUGAGCUUCAGAAAAAAUGCGGUGCAUAUUAUUAUCAACGUUUUUGAUCUUGGCCAUGUUGAGUGUCUGCAUUAAUGCUGGCAGAGUGAUCAUCAAUGGCGUCUGUACGAACUGCAAUAGACCUAAUCUAGACAGGACAACGACACAUGUGCCAACAACUCGACAUAGUUACGGCGGACGCUCUUAUGGUAGGCAGACUACGGCCCGGCCCAGACAAACAUAUAGACAACCUGCUCGUGAUGAUGAUUGGAGCAUGGAAGGCUGGAAUCUUUACCAGACCGCAGAUGGACGACAGCAGAUAUCCGGAGGACAAGGAUACAGGUGGUAAAGGCAUAAAAUAAAAGCAGAUCUGCGCCAAGAAAUAAUAUUAAAAUUACAGACACAUCUUGGGAAUUAAACAAGUGCAGGCUAAUAAAGUGUUUCCCUCUGUUUAAA